AUGUCACAGACUAAUUCGACGACGAGGUGGUGCCCGACGCCAGAGCAGCUGAUGAUACUGGAGGAGAUGUAUGCGAGCGGCGUCAGGAACCCUAAUGCCUCCCAGAUACAGCAGAUAACCGCUCAUCUCUCUUUCUAUGGGAAGAUAGAGGGCAAGAAUGUUUUCUACUGGUUCCAGAACCACAAGGCUAGGGAUCGGCAGAAGCUUCGCCACAAGAACCUCCCCCACCCGUCGGAGGAGGCUUCUCCUCCCACUUCCGUUCACCAUGAGAACCCAUCAAACUUCUUGACUCAGGGAUGUUUCCAAGAUGCAACGACCCAAGAAAUGAAUCUGGUGGGGAAACUAGAGAGUGCUGCUGGUGAACGCCAAGAAGCAGCUGUGACAGCAUCAAGUUCUAUGGAAGGUGAUCAUCCACAGUGGGCUGACGUCGGUCUCACCGUCUCUUCGUGUUUCAAGCCUCUCAAAACCCUCGAUCUCUUCCCCACCAAACACGAGUGCAGCAGCAGCUCUUCCAAGUCCUCCUCGCGUUCCAAGUCCACCCAUUAA